UUAUCUCGUCUACUGCGAUUGAACUUUUAACUUUGUUUAUCUUGCUUGCACAAGGGAAAAUAUUACUAUCGCGCAUAAUGCAUGCACCAGCUAUGCAACGAUGGUUCAUUUAGUUCUGACAUUAUUCUAACGCAAAUAGAACGCAUAUUUCCGACGAUGGCAUUAUACGAGCAAUGAUAAUAGUCAGAUACAACGUGUAAACACUUUUUUUUGGUUGCUGUAAUGUCAAUGUAAACAGGCACAAGUAUGUACAUCGCAGGAGGCUGGUCGAGAGAUGAUACACAAACAGUAGAUACACAGAAUUUGUCUAAUUCUGGAAUAGCAACAAACAAAAUUAUUAUAACAAGACUCUAUGCUCCCGCUUAUAAUGAAUAUAAUAGCCAAAUCUGGCGUACAAAUCUCGAAAUACAGAGACAUUGGGCUGCAUCUUUUCUCUUGCCGAUCGGAUCUAUUUUUAUUCUUGGGAUGAUCGUUCUACUGAUGGUAUUAUUCAAACGAUAUCCACAUACAGUGGCCGCGAUUGUUGCUGCGAUUCUCAGUAUCAUUGUUGUAGUGACAAUUGUCAUAUCGUUCAACCAUGGGCCAAUUUAUACUUAACACGUUUAAAGUAAGGUAAUUUUGUUGAUUGUUAUACCGAGAAAAUAUUUCUUCCAUCCAUACGUUAAGUCGCCAGCUCUGAUAUUAUGUCUAAGAGUUUCUUUUAAUAAUUAUAUACACUGAAUAAAUAAAUAUAUUGUUACUUACUA